AUGCUGGUGGGCGGCUCGUUGUUGUUGGUCAUUUGCGUAUUUGGCUUCCUCGCCUUGUGCACAUACGCAGCCUACAGAGUGCCAAGUUGGAGCGCCACGGAAAAUCACAAGUAUGUCCGCUGCUUUCGCUUCCUGGUCUUCCGGUUUCGUUUGGACAGUUGGUGGUUUGGAGUUCCUCUAUUGAUGAGAGGACCCCUCAUCUCUUUGCCCAUUGUCUUCGCGACAGACUACGCGGGCAUCCAGACAGUCUGGGUGACCGUCAUCCUCCUCAGCUUUUUGGCUUGCCAGGCCCUGGCGUGGCCAUGGAAGGAGGGGCCUCAGUUGGUGCCGGUGAUCGACGUCCUUUGCAAGGAGAACCUGGAGAUGGCUGGAAGUGGAAACACCAACGCCAUCAUGUUGGUGACGCGCAGAGCGGAUGGCGUUGUAGGCUGCUUGGAAUCGGUCAUGAUCGACAAUGAGGCAUGGCUGUGGCAGGUGGUGACUGAGUCCCCCACGUUCCCCAAGCGUCCCAGUCUUGCCAGUUGGAUUGGUCGCUGUGGUGAGCUGGGUGAUGGGAGUGGUCAUCGUGGUUUGAAGGCCCAUCAUGGUGGUGCCAUGCCGGAGGGUUCGAAGGUUCAGAAGGACGAGAGGAGCGUGACUGAGCUGUCUCGACCCCGGUAUGAUGGGGAUGUUCCCGUGAGCGAGGCGGUGAACGUGAGCGAUGUGACGGUUGAGCCGUGUUUGGGCGUUGGCUGUUAG